AUGCAAAACCUGAAUUUGACUUACAAGGAAAUAUCAGAGAAACCCAAAUGGAAGGACAUUCUGCAAGGUAACUGGACAAAUGGGGUGGAGCACAGCCACGCUGGUACGUCGAGGGGAGAGGCAGCCGCUGCGAUAGAUGUGUUCCUUAUGAUCUGGCGCCACAAGACCACCAUCUUUAGGGACACCAAGGAGUCCAGCACAGUGUUCAAGCUGAAGCACAUUAUUGAGAGCAUCCUCAAACAGCCGCCCAACGAGCAGCGGCUGUACAAGGACGACCAAUUCUUGGAUGAUGGCAAGACACUGAGCAAGUGUGGCUUCACCAGUCAAACAGCACGGACACAGGCCCCAACCACCAUGGGGCUGGCCUUCUGGGCAGAUGACACCUUUGAGGUCCUGUGUAUCAAGCCAUUCUCCAGCCUGCCCGAGCUGCCCAAUAGGAUGAAGCCCCAGGACUCGGGAAGCAGUGCCAAUGAACAAGCAGUGCAGUGAGGACCCCUAAGAGGCCCAUUCCCCCCAGUAAAAGAGAUUUGGGAGUCAAAAAAAAAUAGUAAUAAUAAAAAUGCUUUCUGCUUUAAUGUCUAUUUAGUUUGAUAUUAACAGAGCUAAGUUUAAGUUUUCUUUUAUAUGGAUAUGCAUGCUUAUCUUUUACUUACAUGGUUAUCUUUUACUUGCAUUCUAAU